GUGUUUGUUUGUUGUUUGCGCGUGUGUGUAUUAAGUGAAAUAAAUAAAUAUUAACAAUAAUAUGGCAGACACAGCUGUAGCUUCCGAGGCACCGGCACCGGCUACGCCGGCGAAGAAGCAGCCUAAGGCGUCUGCCGCGGCGGGCGGUGUCAAGAAGGCGAAAGCCAAACCGACCCACCCGAAGACAUCGGAGAUGGUCAACAGCGCCAUCAAGGAGUUGAAGGAGAGGAGCGGAUCGUCCCUGCAGGCCAUUAAGAAAUACAUAGCGGCCCAAUACAAAGUCGACGCCGAGAAAUUGGCACCGUUCAUAAGGAAAUAUUUGAAGAGCGCCGUCGAAUCCGGAGCACUGAUCCAGACCAAGGGCAAAGGUGCGUCGGGAUCGUUCAAAUUGGAAUCCAAAUCGUCAUCGUCCAAGAAACCGGCCGGCGGUGCGGCGGGCACCAAGAGGUCCGCGUCCGCGGCCGGCGCCAAAUCGAAGAAGGGAUCCGCCGCGUCCGCGUCCUCCUCCAAGGCGAAGAAGGCCGCCUCCGCCGGCGGUGCGUCUUCGUCGCCGUCGAAGGCGGCCGGCGGCAAGGCGGCCUCGUCCGCCGCCACCGCUAAGGACAAGAAGGCUGCGGCCGCGGCCAAGAAGAAGCCCGCGGCGGCCAAGAAGGCCGCGGCGGCCGCGCCCGCGAGGGCCAAGGCCGCUGCCGCGCCGAAGGCGAAGAAAACUGCCAAACCCCCUACGAAGAAACCGAAAGCGCCCAAGCCGAAGAAGGCCGCCACAACACCCAAGAAGCCCGCAGCAAAGAAAGCGGCCGCGUCAAAGAAGUAAAUCCCUACCUGUGUAUGUACCUGGUAUAUACCGCCGCUCUCUUUAUCUCUCCGCCGUUUGUUUACUGCUAGUUGCUUGCAGAAACAACGACAACAACUACCACG